CCACUGCACACUCUCACUCUCAGAGUCUCACACCCACACCGCUCGGCCAUCAAAACUUCACAAAGAUGCCGAGGUCCACCAGCCGCCUCCUUCUGCUCGCGCUAGCGGCGAGCCACCUGCUGCUCGCCGCCGCCGGCGCCGGCUGCGGGCCGAGCGGCACGCUCCGGCCGAGCCGGGGCCACUCGUGCGAGGACUGCUGCAAGGCCGGGCAGGCGUACCCGACGUACACGUGCUCGCCGCCGGUCUCCUCGUCCACCCGGGCGGUCAUGACGCUGAACGACUUCGACGCGGGCGGCGACGGCGGGGACCCGUCGGAGUGCGACGGCGCGUUCCACCACAACUCGGAGCGCGUGGUGGCGCUGUCCACGGGGUGGUACAGCGGGGGCUCCCGCUGCGGCAAGAGCAUACGGAUCCGGGCCAACGGCAGGUCCGUGCUGGCCAAGGUCGUCGACGAGUGCGACACCGUGAACGGGUGCGACCGCGAGCACGCCUUCCAGCCGCCGUGCCGCAACAACGUCGUGGACGCCUCCCAGGCGGUCUGGGACGCGCUGGGCAUCACCGGGGAGGAGGUCGGCGAGUACAACGUCACUUGGGCGGAUGCAUGACCUAUAUAUGGUGCAUGGACGAAUAAAGUGCACGUCCGAACCCAAAAUGAAUAAAAGGAGUUUGUAAGGGCCGCCUAUUUAACAGGGCAUCUGAAUUUUCUUUUGGCUUAA